AUGUAUGACUACGUCGAAUUUGUAGCGGAAUAUGGUCCGUUUGAUCUGCACGAUUUGGAUAACCUGUGUCGGGCGGCUGAACUGCACAACCUCUCCACAAUGAUUAAGGUCGACCAGGAGCCACGGGGUUUCAUCGCACAACGUGCGAUCGGUUCAGGUUUCCAAAGUGUGCUUUAUGCAGACUGCCAAAAUGUUGAAGACGUGAAGGAAUGUGUGCGUAUUACGCGUGCAGAUACCCCCGAAGAUGGCGGUAGUUACGGCGUAGCAACUCGUCGGUUUUCCUAUAUGGGUUAUGGGGGAAGUCCAGAAUACGUCCAAGCCCUCCGCGAUGUUGUCGUCGUCAUCAUGAUAGAGAAAAAAGGGACUGUUGACAACAUUGAAGAGGUGCUAUCUGUUGAAGGCGUUGAUAUGAUUCAGUGGGGUGGUUCGGAUUAUUCGAUGAGUAUCGGGAAAGUCGGUCAGCGCGGGGCUCCCGAAAUCAGUGAAGCACACGAUAAAGUGUUCAAGACCGCAAUAAAGAUGGGGGUGCCGCCACGCGCUGAAAUCGGAAGUGCUGAUGAUGCGAAACGCUAUCUUGAUAUGGGGGUCCGGCAUUUCUGUAUCGGCACCGAUAUUUCCAUUCUCUACAGUUGGUGGCGGGAACACGGCGAUGGGUUACGGAAAGUGAUUGAAGGGCAUUAG